UAGGCAUAAUUGUUGGAGGGAAAAGAGGGAGUUUGAACUGUAUUUAUACGGUCGGCGUGGCGCGCGUUUGUGCCUCUGGCAAUCUUCCCGCUAGAGGGCGCCUCGACGGACGAAUACCAGACAUUCCAGCGUAAUGUUUAAGUAGUGGGGAAUCGAGGCUGGCUCUCGUGUGUCAAAGAGCCUGUGUUCCUUGUGUGUUCGACCGCAUACCAUUAGAUUUUCCAUCGUUUUCAAUGAAAAUACGUACUGUGCGUUGGCUCGACGUGCCAGCGGACGUCGUGCCGGAUGUUUGAUCCUCUGUUCGUCAGCCUGUCAAUGCAGAAACAUCGAGAGCAGAGAUCCUCGUGACGGUGCCGUGGUCGUCAGCGUUCUAUCGCGGGAAUUUCAACCCGUGUGUCGAACACCUGCUGCAUCUCUACCUCGAGAAACACUUCCUAUCUGAAGUUCAAUCCCGCGGACAAGUGAAGUUCUUUUAGAAAUAAAAACUAAAAAGGGUGAAAUUGGUGGAUCAAGGAUACCUUUGUUCAAGUUCUCGAAGAAGAAGUACGAGAGAAGAGAUGUCCGCCGUCGAGAGCGCCUUGGACGUCCUCUCCAGGGCGGCUACCAUGGUGCAAGCCUGGGUCAUACUUAUAAGAGCCAAUGGUCCUGAUUUCUGGCCGACGACCAGUCGAAUUCGUCGAUAGAUCGCGUCACGCCGCUUUCUUCGAGUUCUCCUCGAGGCUACCAGGACAUCAUGGAAGCCACUUUCUUCGGUGAGAAGAAGAUCCUCCCAUGGAAAGGAUAUUCCACGUAUUCUAUUCUCUGAUUUCAUAAAAAAAGAGAAAAAAACAAGGAGAAGAUUGUAAAAAGUGGCUUGAAAUCUGUGCAAUUUUUAUAACUUGAUGGGAACCAGUCGGUGGUUCGCGAUAUUCCGCGCUUCUUCAAGCUCUAUGGACCGUCUGUGAGAGAAUAAGAGAGGAGGAAUCAUUGAUUUAUGAUUAAUCUUGUUGGUAUUCACGGUGGUUGCAAAUUGAGUUCAUGACACCUGAAGAUUUUUCGAAGCAUGGAGAUCUCGCCGAGGAGAAGGUGUUUCUGGCAGCCGUGGCUCACUACGGAGAACUUUCAAACGGUAUACAAACCCGGAGAAGAGAGGCCGAAGACGACGAAUCUCCACCGGAAGCCGAGUAGCGCGUGGCGUAAGGAGCGUAGGAGGGAUCCUAUCCAAAGUGAAGCUCUGGACAUGUCCGCAGCCAGGGUCCAUCAUCAUCAUCAUCACAGCAGGCCCAGCGUGAUUGUUCCUACCACACCGCAACCUGGAACAACUAUCGAGGACACGGCAGUGACGCCCACUCCAUCACUGACGCCGUCGGCGGCAGCAGGAGGCCAAAGAACCGGGGUCAGAACUGUGGGUGGUGUGAGUGACCCUGCAAUAGACGAGCAUUUCAAGCGAUCUUUAGGCCUAGAAGAGUACGCUGCAGUUUUUAACGCCACCACUACUGACAAAGAAGCAGGCCUUAGUGUGGAUGAUCACUUUGCAAAGGCUCUUGGGGAAACCUGGACAAGGCUGCAGGCAACCAGCAGAAGCAAGGACUCGACUUAACUGCCGGACAGUUAACCAAGAGUCUUCACCAUCGUCGUUGCGUUGUUGCUGUUGCUUCUGUUUUCUUCAUUGUGACAUCCAGUGUGGUUCCAUUACCUGUUUAAUUAACCCAUAAAUUAACGUGAAAUCGCUGUUAAUAUCCGUAGAAGAAACAGUGGGAGCAACCAAUGAACUCUGUAUUAAUAUUAUUAUAAUAUUAUUAUUAUUACUAUUAUUAUUGUUUGGUUCGCGUGGGAAGCAGAACGAAAGAGUACCUAAGUGUCCUUGAAAUGUCAUAGAUGCUCUUGGGUGCAAUCGACGGCGUACCGCGAUUUUUCUAACUUCUUGGGACAAUUGUACUCGAGAUACUGUAUAUAUAGACGCGUAUUCUUUUAAUCAUGCCAUCAUCGCGGCCUCAGAGGCCUCAAGUUAUUUAUUAUACGAUGUUCCAUACUGCCUCGCUAAAUACUAGAUCCGUUCAUUCCUUUUGACUUCUUUCUGCUGCAGUAAGAAUUUGAAGAAAAGAAGACUUUUAAGAAAAUUAACGAAGAUUAACCUUCUACAGUUCUAAUUGCAUUCUGUGUGUGAUUGUGCCGAUUUUCUGAUACUUUAAUCUUUCGUUAUAAAUAUACGUUUUCCGUAAUGUCCAUCAAUAGUAUAAACGGCACGAAGAGGAAUUGUAUUUUCCUCUAAAAUUAAAAAGAUGAUACUGAUAAAGAAUAAAACGUCGAAUUCGGUUCGAUGUAGAACCGUAUGGAAUUAGAACUACUGCAGCUGUUGGAAGAGAAAGUAUAAUGAACGGUGUGACUUGUACGUAAUUAAUUAUUCGCCUAAACGUAUUACGUGUACAUAUAUAUGUACUUAGUAUAUAUGUAUGUAUGUUACAUAUAUUUCGCAAUACAUAUAUAUAUAUAUAUAAGUAAUGCGUAUGUUGUAAUUAUAGAAAACCGAGAGUCUUUAUAAAGAACGUAGAGGAUAAGCACGAAACCGUAUAAAUUGAACCGGUUGUUGCACAAACUUGUAACACGUGUUCACCUCGUGUAACUAUAUAUAUAAUUAUAUAUAUAUAUACACAUUGUAUCAAAGAGAAGAGAAAAAAGAAAACGAAAGAGGAUACAUAAGAA